ACUGUCCUUGUAUCUCUGUGUGUGCGCGUUACAACAGCUCAUGCGACGAUCGCGACGGCGCCCGUCUCCCUAAUACAUCGCAUACACAUACUUAUGGCAGCUUUUGUUCUUGCCUUAUCUCACUUUUGUUUGUGCACACACUUCUACCAGGCUAGUUGCGAUUUUUCAAAUGAACACCACGUCUCUCAAACCGGGGUCUCUCCUGACCUACGCUAUUGACAGCGGCUACCCUGAGUCUAUACUGUACGGAUACAAGCUCGAUUUGCUCACAGAAACCGACUACAGCAAAUUGAUAGAAUGCAAUGUCAUCGAUGACAUUCGGGUAUAUCUGCAGACCACCAGCUAUGGUGAUGUGUUUGACACGUUGACGCCGAACUUGGAUGUCUCGGCGAUCAAGAAGGCCUGCACGGCCAAGUUGGCGCAAGAGUUCGAAUAUCUGAGGUGCAAUUCAGUUGAGCCGCUUUCCACGUUUUUGGAGUACAUUCGCAUGGCCUAUAUGAUCGACAACGUCAUUCUCUUGAUAGCUGGCGCCAUUCGAGACACGAACGUGGAGUCAUUGAGAGAAAAGUGCCAUCCUCUUGGCAUUUUCGAGGGGAUGCAGUCGCUGACCAUUGAGCAAUCGCUGUAUGAUCUGUACAACUUGAUCGUCAUUGAGACGAAUUUGGCCCCCUAUUUUCAGAAGUGCUUGUCCGUCGAGGACUUGGAUGAGCUGAACAUUGAGAUUGUCCGAAACACGAUCUACAGGGCGUAUUUAGAGGACUUUCACGCGUUUUGCAAAAAGCUGGGUGGGACUACGGCCGAACUGAUGAACGAGCUGUUGAGUUUCGAGGCCAGUCGUCGCUCCAUCAAUAUAACGCUCAAUUCCUUCAAUACUGAAUUGAGGCGCGAUGAGCGUGCCAAGUUGUACCCUAGGCUCGGUCCUCUGGAUCCAGAGGGCCUCAGGCGCCUGGAAUUGGCUGACAACUUCGACCAGGUGAGAGACGCGCUGCAGUUUUAUCCUGUCUAUAAGCAGUUGUUUGACGAGGUCUCCAGCGACCCCGAUAAGACGUUAGAGGACGUCUUUUUCAAGUACGAGGCGCAGCUGAACAAGUUGUCGUUCAUGUGCGUGGCGAAUUACGCGUGCUUUUACUCUUACUUCAAACUGAAGGAGCAGGAGAUUCGCAACAUCGUUUGGAUUUCCGAAUGCGUGGUUCAGUCGCAGAAGCAGAGGAUUGGUGACUACAUAUCCGUCUCUUGAGGGGCGAUCUGCCGACGCUGAGCGCGUUCUGCUAUUCGUGCGUUUUUUUCUUGACGGAAUUUGGUACAAUCUUGGUUGUUUUCGCGGCGCGCAUAGGUUGCACGCCGGGAGAGGGGGUCUCGUGUCGUUUGAGUGGGCGUAGGGGUUCGACGGAGGGGCGGGCCGAAUGCGCGAGAGAGGUCUCCGUGUGGUGCGUGGGGUGCGGUUGAGCAGGUCUGCGAAGCGCGGCGAGUUGGCAGUUUUUUUGGAGACGGGUGGCGGUGUGUGUGGGGAGGGGUUAGCGUUUGACAGAGGGUUUGGUACAUUUUUUGUGUAUUAGAGGGGUAAAUUGAAUAAAAAAAAUUCCGUGAUAAU